AUGGCGACAAGAGUGUAUAUUGGUCGUUUGGCAAGAGAUGCCCGUGAACGUGAUGUUGAAAAACUCUUUCGUAACUACGGAACAAUCAGAGAAAUAAAAUUGAUGAAUGGCUUUGGUUUCGUCGAGUUCAGAGACCACCGUGAUGCUGAUGACGUAGUUUAUGCUUUUAAUGGAAAAAGUUUCAUGGGAGAAAAAUUUGCACCCCCCCAACGAAAUCCUCAAUAUCGCUUAAUUGUUGAGAACUUGUCAUCAAGUUGUAGCUGGCAGAUUGAUGUUGUAUUGGCUUUGGUUGUAGCUCUCCUUUCCCUGUGGUUGCUUAUGGUUGCUUUUGACUCAACAACCAUCAUGCGGCAGUUAGAAAAUUAUGUUCAAAUAUUAGAAUUCAUAUUAUGUUUCUUAUGCCUGGAAGGAAGGAAGAGAGUACCUCAUUUGAGUUUUGAGGGGAGCCACCUAUUUAGUCUUUUGAUUACUCCCGAAUCUGGCUUCUUUUGGCCUAUUAUUUGGGAUACCAUAUACUUCCUUUCUUGGGUUCUACCGGCUCUUGUUCCUUCCAUUGACAUUGGUACUUGGCAUAAGGAAAUUACAAGAGCCUUAGAGGAUCUUUUGAAGCACAUCGAUUUGAAGGACCUAAUGCGAAAAGCAGGAGAAGUUACUUUUGCCGAUUGUCACAAAGAUCGCGAUGGGGAAGGUGUGGUUGAGUUUUCCUCAUACGAAGACAUGAAAAAUGCCAUCAGAAAACUUGACGAUACCGAAUUGAAGGGUAAACGCAUCAUUCUUCGUGAAGCACCGGAUAAUGACACUGAUCGCGAACGGUUUCCCGUCGCUCUCGCACAAGAUCCAAGAGCCCACCUGCUAACAACGGCAAAGAUAAUAGCUCCCGCAGUCCAACUCGUAGUCCAAAAAGGAGUAGAUCUAGAAGUGUCAAACGAGAACGUGUUAGUGAUGACGAAAAGUCAAAUUUCAGGGAUAUGA